GUCGUUUUAUUCUUCUGCAGCCAAAGGAAACCUAAAAAAGAUAAUUUCUUUUGCUAUCAGAACCAGAUAGAAAAACCCAGAGCUGAUUUGCUAUGGAUUCCUUCACAUGUUAAAAGCCUCUGCUUUAAAAAUCCAGGUAGAGUUUUUUUUUCACUGAAUUGCUGUUUCAAAUUUUCAAAGUUCAUCUCUUUAUUAGUAAAGUGAGUUCUGGUUGUAAUUCAAUCUAUAAAUGCACACUAUGUACUCUAAUUUGACAAAGAACCAAGCUUUUCCAAUUGUUAUUAGGUUUUCUUCACAAACCUCAAAAACCCAACUUUUGCCAGUUAGGUAUUCUCCAAAACCCUCCCAAAACCCUUCAUUGAUGUAUAGCACCCAUAAAGGUCUCCACUUUCACCAUAAGUGUUUAAAACCUGAAAGUGUUUUAAGUGAGUUUAGGAUUAGAAGUGCUAUACAGUGUUGUUCUUUGGUUAGAGCUAGAAGUUUUUCGAGUUUGAAUUCGAAAAGAGUUGGUGAAGAUAGGGUCUUUAGUAAAGCUGGAAAGGCAUUACCUUGGUUAGCCUCAGGGGAAGUGAAUAGAGGUAAAGGGUCGCAUAAAGUGGCGAUUGCAAAGACCGAUAGUCGUUCUUCUUGGGAAGAAUCAUUGGAUAGGUUGGAGAAAGAGAAUAAUAGUAGCUCCUCUUGGGAGGAAUCAAAUGAAUCAUUUUUUGGAAAAAUAGGUGGAAAGGAUGUUAAAGAGAGCAGGCAUAGGAAAGUAGAUAUGAUAAGGGAUCGUCGUAAUGGACUUAAUGGUAGUCAUAGCAAAAGAGAUGAAAGCAAUGAAGAAGAAGAAGUGAGGGAAGAAGAUGAGCUUGUCAAUGAUCCGAGAUGGGACAAGAUUAAGGGUAGGUUUAGAGGAAUGGUGGACAGAGAAUUUGGAUCCGAGAAACCGGAAUUUCGAAGAUGGAAUAAGCAAGAGAGUUGGGGUAGAAAAACAUGGAAAGAGGCCACUGAAUCAACUUUACCUAAAAUGGUUGGCGAAGGGGUUUAUGGGGUAGGUCCUGUUUUGGCUGCAUUGUCAGCUGGGAGAAGGGAGUUUUAUGCUUUGUAUGUCCAAGAAGGAUUAGAUUUGAGUAGUAAUAAUCGGAAAAAGAAGGAUAAGAAAGGGUUCGAAAAAGUGUUUAAGUUGGCUGAAAAACUCGGGCUAAAUGUAAAAGAAGUUUCAAAGCAUGAUCUUAAUAUGAUCGCUGAUAAUCGCCCCCAUCAAGGUUUGGUGCUCGAUGCUUCUCCCCUUGAGAUGGUCAAGAUAAAGGAAUUAGACCCUGUCCCGGAUGAGGAGAAAGUUUCACUUUGGGUAGCUUUAGAUGAGGUUACUGAUCCCCAGAAUUUAGGUGCCAUAAUUCGGUCAGCUUACUUCUUUGGAGCCUCAGGGGUGGUACUAUGUGCUAAAAAUUCAGCUCCAUUAAGCGGUGUCGUCAGCAAGGCAAGUGCUGGCUCACUUGAAUUAAUGGAGCUUAGAUAUUGCAAGAAUAUGAUGCAGUUCUUAGUUUCCUCGGCACAAAACGGUUGGCGGGUUCUCGGGGGUUCUGUUUCUCCAAGAGCUGUUCCCUUGAACAAGGUUUUGCCAGGCGUGCCAACCAUUCUUGUUUUAGGCAGUGAAGGCACUGGCUUGAGGCCUUUAGUGGAGAGAUCAUGCACUCAGUUAGUUAGAAUCCCGGGAAAUAUUCCUACAGACAUAACAACUGGAGAUGUUGAUGAUAUGGAAACCAAGGAAGUAAAUUCCGGUUGCUCAAUCGAGGAAUUCCGAUCUUUUCUGGCUGUUGAGAGCUUGAAUGUGAGUGUUGCAGCAGGUGUGCUUCUUCACCACUUAAUUGGAAGUAGCCAUGGUAUUAGUUCUCCAAUUGAUAACAAGUUAACUGAAAUGCAUCAAUGAUAUUCCAUGGAUGAGGCAUUGAGCUUAGUAUCUAUGUUGUCAUGGUGAUUCUGACAUUGUAUUUGGUUUAUAUGCAGUGACAUGGUGAUUCUGUCAUUAGUUAAAUUCUUCAUUCAUUUC